AUGACUGAAGUAAUGUUUGAAAUAUUUCCAGAAGGAUUUCCGACAGAUAAAGAUGUAGAAAACAUGAGCAAGGAAGAAAAAGAAAUUUUAUAUGAAAAACAAAAGCAAUUAAUUAUAUUAUUUAGAAGUAGAGCAGAUUCUAAAAUCAAAGAGCUUCAAGAAGUUAUACAAAGCAUACCUCUGCCUGCUCCUCGCCAACAACUCGUAAGAAAUUCAACCGAAUCAAAAUCUUGCGAAAUUUUUACUAUUCCACCAGAGAAACCUGAUGUUCAGAAAAGCACAUCUAAUCUUCCUUCUAUAAAACCGAUUACUAAAGAACCUCAUUCAAUGGAGAUUUUAACAAUUAAAAAAGAACGGCGUGCAGCGCAAAAUAGAAAGUCUGUCGAUAUACUCCCUCAAGAACUACCUAAAAUGCAUUUCCAUAGAGCAAGAUUACCUUUGUUUGAGUCGCCUAUGACAAUUGCACAAGAUUUGACCGUAACACCAAAGUUAAAGCCGAAAGAUCCUAAAUACAAUAAGCCUCCAUUUCAUCAUUGA